AUGCUUAGAUUUAUGUUCCAAUUCAUUUUUAUUCUCAAUUAUAUAUUUAAUUUGAUACAAGCAGAUAAUUUAUCAUCUCGUAAUCAAUGUCAUUCGAAUUGGCAUUAUAUUUCCGAAGAAAGCCUUUGUAUUAUAUUUGCAACAUCCCAAGGUGGUGAUGUUUCUUGGUAUGAUAGUUCGAAAGCUUGCCAAACAAGUUCUACACAACUUUUAACUCUUACUAAUUCAAAAAAAAUUCAAUUAAUUCAAGAAAAAGUUAAUCACUUAGAAAAUAAUAACCAGAUCGGUUUCGAUUAUUUUCAACAUGGUGCUUGGAUUGAAAAGACUAACUGGUCGAGAUAUGACUUAUGUGACGAUACAAAUAUAAUAAAUGAAGAGUUACAAUUGAAUUGUAUUAUAUUAACAAUACGUUCGAAUGAUCAAUCAUUAUGUUUAAAAAGAGUAUCAUGUGAAGAACAUCAUCCUUUUAUAUGUGAAAAUGAAGCAAUAACCGAAAGAGAGUUAGUUGAAAGUACUAUGGAACGAUUAACCUGGUGGAAAUGUAUUAUUGCUCUAUGGUGUAUUCUUGAUCAUGAAGCUGAAAAAAGGAAGAAAGAACAACAAGCACUUGCAGCUCAAGCAGCUGAAGCUGCUAGUUUACAAGCUUAUAUAGAGCAAUUUAAUUUCGAAAUACCUGACGAUGUUGGAAUAAAUGCUGAUGCACAAGCUUUAAUGGAAUCAAAUGGAAAUGGAGCCAUGCUAUUCGGUUAUUCAUUACCAUUCUGGGCACUUGUGGCUAUCGGAGGAUUUCUUUUUUUAUUUAUCAUAUGUUUAUGUUGUACAGUUCUUAUUUGUAUUUUCAUGAAGAUAAAAAAUGGACAAUCACGACAUAAUCCAGCAUAUCGUGAUGUUAGAGCAUUUAAUGAGACAUGUGGAACAGAUAAACCAUCAUGUUCUGAACCAUUAAAAUGUAUUAGCGGAUAUUGUUUAUGUUCAAAUAUUGCUCAAACAACGGAUGAAAAAAAUCCUCUUUCAUUUUGGACUGGUGAAGAAUGUAUGACAUGUCCGCUUGGUUAUACAACUACAGGUACAAAAUGCUAUAAUUUAAUAUUAGGUAAAGAUACUCAAUCGACUUGGGAACGUGCACGUGAACGUUGUAAAGAACAUGGUGGUGAUCUUCUUGUUCUACGUUCCGAUCAAGAAUAUAAAUCAAUAUUAGCUAUUCUUAAGUAUAAAUAUGCUUCUCUUAUGCUUAACAUGUAUCAACGAGUACCACAAGAUGGUGUAUAUUUUGGUAGUAUAUGGUUAGGAGCAAUGUUAACUGAUUGGCGUGGUGAUGGAACUUUUAAAUUAGUUUCUCAUGGACCUUCUUUUACAAAAAAAAGUCAAUAUUGGUGUUCAAAAAGUUCACCGCUUGGACAUGAACCAAAUUAUGUACAAUUAAAAGCAACCGGAGAACGUCAAGCAUGUAUUGGUUUAGCAUUCUUUCACGAUGGUAAUGUUUGUAUGCAUGAUUGGUUUUGUAGUUGGGAAUCACAUACACUUUGUGAAAUUCAUCCACCACCACCACCACCAGCAAUUGAAACAUCAGAAGUGGAAGCAUUGGAAGAAAAAUCUAGUAAUACAUGGCUUUUCGUGGGUAUUGGUGGUAUUUUCUUACUUCUAUUAUCGGGUUCAAUUUGUGCUUGUUAUUUUCUAUGUAAUAAGAAAAAUGGUCGCAGACGUGCACGAUCAUUUGAUUCAGCGGAAACUGGCAUGUCUCAAAAUUCAUUUUACUAA